AUGGGUUCUCCGACCAUACAAAAGCCAUUUGUUUCAACCAACCACACGACAAUGGUCGAAGCACCUGAGGGAGAGCAGGAAAUAGACUACCAGAAAUUCCGACUCCGCACAUUCAAUGAUUUCUCUGCCAUUGCCGACAUGGAACCGAUCUCUUUGCUACGCCUCAUAAGCGGCGACAACCUUCAUUUCGUGACAGCCAACGCCACUGCACCUGAAGUUCUAGGCAACCGAUCUAAAGACAGAGUAUUCUUGCACCUGCUUAUGAGAGAGUAA